UCAACUUACGUAAUACCAACUUAUAGGCAUAGAUUCAUUGUCUAUCAUGGAAGGAGGAGAUAUUGGGUGUAAAGAAGAUAAUGAAGGUAUGAAAUCGAUUGUAAGGUCAGAGGAUGAUAAAGCAAGUUGUUCUCUUCCUGUUAAUGGCGCCCAAAACUCAAAAAAGGAAGAUGAAGACUCUGUUCUUCUGAAAGAUCCAGUCUUUCGGGAAUUUUAUGAUUCUUUUUUGAAAGGUAAUCCUUCUCCUACUCUUGACUUGAAACUUGCAAUAACAUCCCAACUGUUAGAUCAGAUAAACACAGCAUUAUCUGUAGAACAUGAAUAUGGCCACUCAGCUUCUGCAAAUGUCAAUUUUGCAUCAACAUCUACAAGCAAUUUUUCACCGCAGCCCCCAUCGGAAAAGUGGAAAGCUGCCAACAAUCAGGCCAAGGCACUUAUAAUAGGAUCAUUUAUGAAAAUAGCUGAAGUACCAAAUGACUUGGUGGUUAAGAUCUAUUAUGCAAAGAGAAGGCUGAUAUGGGAGAUAAUGUACGAUCGUUUGAAGAACAAGAUUGAAAUUCAGUGGGCCGAUAUCGCUGCCUUUAAAGCUUACUAUCAAGCUGAUGGUACUGAGGUUCUGGAAGUGGAGUUAAGCCGACCUCCUCAAUUCUUUCAUGAGCCGAGAUCACACCCAAGAUCCCAUACUCAAUGGAGGGCUACACAGGAUUUCACUAAUGGAGAAGCCCUGACAAAUAGGAGGCAUAAAAUAAUAUGUGCUCCUGGAGAUCUUUUCAAAGACCUUUCAAGGCUUCUACAAUGUGACGAACGCUUGUACAAUCUAAGGAAUCAUGACUUUCCAAGCCUAGAUUCUCCUUUUUUUGAGUCAAGGCCACAGAUUACCAAUUCCAAUGAUCAAUUUCAAACCAUUUCCCCCUCCGAUCAUGCACAAAGGCUACCAGUCAUGAAUUCUGGUCUUAGUAUGCAACAGACCACGACCCUUCCGUUACAAGUAUCAGAUGGGUGCAUUGGGGGCAUCAACGUCCAAGCAGGUGAAGAUCCAAGGAUCCUGUACCUGGAAUCAGGAAUGAACACUUUCCCAGAUAGUUCCAGAUUAACGGGAAACAGUUUCAGGGACUGCAAUGUUCAGUUCACAAACAACUAUGCAGAUGGCAUUCGAAUCAUGGAGAAUUAUUCAAAUGAUAUUCAAGGGAUGAACAAUUUUGGAAACAAUGGUCAAGUGAUGAAUUCAACUGCUUAUGGGAACAAUAUUUUGGCAGCCAAUUAUCCUCAUCAAGGUGCUGAAGUAUCAAUCUUUCCAGGCUAUGAAUACCAUGAUCACCACAUGCAUUCUUCAGAAAGGUUACAUUCAAUGGACCCAUUUGUUAAUCAAUAUAAUGGAGGGAUCCCUGUCAUGCACAACAAUGGGGGUGCCCCCUAUGGGGAGAUAUCUGGGAUCAGAAUGGCCCAAGUUCUUCAACCUGGUCAGAAUUUAAAUAGUUCAGGAGGUUUUCUUAACAGGCAAAAUGUUGCCAUUUCUGCCCCAGUCAUUGAUCACAGCAUGUUUAUGCCUAAUAAUUACCAGAACAACAUUCCUUAUUACCCGCGGUCUGUUCCCAAUCUGAAAAUGAGAGAUCCUGCCUCUGCUAAUUUUAAUCCCUGGGACAGAUUAGAUGGCUACUAAUAAUAGCCAUUGCAGUUCUAGAAAAUGUAAAAGGAACUUUAGCUGGAAAUGAGAGGAUGAAACUCUUUUAUUCUUUUUAUUUCAUAGAAGAUGUGUUUAGCCAUUAAAGUUUCAAGUUCUAU